GUCACGUAAAUUCUGUUCAAUACAGUUCAGUUCACUCUCAGGUGUAGUUACACUCAACCACAUUCAGUAACAGUAUCAAACAUAACACAUCCCCCAUAAACCUUCUGCUAAAGCCGGCAGUUUACCUUAAACUAAAUAUAUUCCAGAAUAAAACAAAAAGGGUACCCAGGCCAAACCUAAAUGUGAGUCAAAGUAGCGAUGCAGGCCUGUAACGUGGCUUGGGAACGGGGAGACCUUUAACACAAUGGCCACUUCACGCCGUGGCGCAUGAAACAAAACUCACGACUGUAGAUGACUUGUCGUCGUCUGCUCUCGAUAGCCUCGCAGUGCUGGCGAGGGGAAUUGGACGUCGGUGUCCCAGUCGAAGGAUGUCCUCCCUCUGGUCAGGAUUAGCUGGUCUGGUCCUUGAAUUAGAGCCAAGCAGGCUACUUGCUUUCCAGUCCACCUUAAAUUCCACGAGCUCCGUUCAGUCUAUAAACACUCGCGGUAAACUUUUCUUCAAAGAACUCCGCUUGUAAACCUGCUAUGUUCACACCACUGGCAGCUCGUUAAUAGGGGCGAUUUGGGCGACGCACUCCCAAACAGGGAGGGAGAUUUUUUUUUUAUCUACUCCUACUACCAACAGUAAUGUCAUUGUCCAAUCAGGCUAAGGUCGCGCCUGGUGUAGCCACGCCCUUUUGGGGCGAUUUCUGUCAGGUUCAGAUUUGCCCCCAAAUCUCCCAUUGACACUAAUGGUACGUACGUUUUUUUUGAAAAUCCUGCUCCCAAUGCAUUUUCUAUUAGGUUUUAUGUGCUCGCACAAGCAGCGUGCUUACGUCAUACGCCUGUUGCGCCGCGCAAGUGUUGCCAGAUUGGUUUUAAGUGCAUUUUGGCGGGUUUUGAACUGCGCUGGAAAACGCAACUUGCGCGGGAAAUGUGUGAACAUUCUAUGAAGAUGGCGGCGAGGGUUGAGUGCAACAAUACGAUAGCGUCUCUGAAAGAAGUUCCCUUUAGUCGUCGUACCAAUGAGGAGAAAACGGCAAUCAAACAGCUAGGACCUCCUAGACCGAAUUUAAACAUCAAGCAAGUGUCUACAAAGGGGGAGAAGACCUACUCAAGAGGUUUUAACAAGAACUGGUACCACCGGAAAACUUGGCUAGCUGGCUGUGAUGUAGUCAAUGCUCUUUUUUGCUACCCUUGCGUUCUCUUCCACUCUGGAAGUAGCACAGCAGACGUUCCAGUCUCAGGCUGCUCACUUCAACCCCCUGUUCUACCCCAUCCUACCACCGCAGUUCUACCCCCCGACCUACUUCAUCAUGCCAGACCAGUUCUACCCUCCGUCCCACCCCAUUCUGAGAUCUGCCUCCUACUACCCUCCACCCACAAUGAUGGGGAUGAACGAACGCCACGUCCAGUCCAUCCAGGAGGAGAUUCUGGGAGGAAACGCUGUGUCUCCUGUGACACCACCUGAAGGUGGAUGUGUAGAUGAUGGCUGUGUGAUCACUGCUCAGGCUCAUGCCACUGACGUGCUCACACUCGAACCACCAGCACCAACUGAAUCAGAGCCUGAACCUCAACCCACCUCCAGUCUGCCACCUGAAACUGUGGGCAUUGAGGAGCCUUUGUCCUCCAGAACCGCAAGUCCAAAGGCACUGAUGUGGGGCGAGAUAAUGGACAGCAUCGACCCAAUCCCAUCCAGACCCCCAACUCCAAUGUUACUCCCUUGGGGAGAACUAAUAGAGGAAAUGGGGUUCCAAAAGGAUGAGGGGCAGGUGGACGACAUGCUGGAGGCAAAGUAGAAGGUUGAGGAGAAGGAGACGGGUGCAGUGGUCAGGGAGCUCAGAGUCGUCCCUCAGUCACAUCGACACGCCCUGACUGGAAAUGAGAAACUUUUGCAAAAAUAAACUCCUCAAUCGAAAAAUGCUGCACAAAUGGUCUGUGUCUUUCUCAUCGUGAAUAAAUGUUGGUGUAAACGACUCACACAGAAACAGCAGUAAAGGUGCUGCGCUGUAAAUCCAGGGUGGGGUGGGGCCCCGGCUGCGCCAUACCGGGUGACGUCACGGUCCUUGUUUCAUUAAUUUCCAUAAGGGGUUUGGUGAACUAGCGGCUGAAAUGAGUUUCCUUCACAGGGUGGCUGGGCACUCCCUUAGAGAUAGGGUGAGAAGCACAAUCACUCGGGAGGAACUCGGACAAGAGCCGCUGCUCCUCCACAUCAAAAGGAAUCAGCGGAGGUGGCUCGGGCAUCUCUUUCGGAUGGCUCCUGGACGCCUCCCUGGGGAGGUGUUCCAGGUAUGUCCCCCCGGGAGGAGGCCCUGGGGAAGACCCAGGACACGCUGGAGGGACUAUGUCUCUCGGCUGGCCUGGGAACGCCUCGGUGUUCUUCCCGAGGAGCUGGCCGAGGAGUCUGGGGAGAGGGAAGUUUGGGCUUCCAUGCUCAGACUGCUGCCUCCGCGACCCGGCUCCAGAUAAGCGGAUGAAGAUGAGAUGAGAUGAGAUGAGAUGAGAUGAGAACAAUCUGUCUGACUGUGGAUUGGUGGAGUCCAAACUCUUUAGAGAUGGUUUUGUAACCUUUCUCAGCCUGAUGAGCAUCAACAAUGCUUUUUCUGAGGUCCUCAGAAAUCUCCUUUGUUCGUGCCAUGAUCCACUUCCACAAACAUGUGUUGUGAAGAUCAGACUUUGAUAGAUCCCUGUUCUUUAAAUAAAACGGUGCCCACUCACACCUGAUUGUCAUCCCAUUGAUUGAAAACACCUGACUCUAAUUUCACCUUCAAAUGAACUGCUAAUCCUAGAGGUUCACAUACUUUUGCC